AAUGGGAAAAGGAAUCAUUGCUGAUGCUGCAGUGGAUAAAUACUUUGCUGACCUGAAAGCAAGCACAUCUUACAUCAUUGGACUUUUAGUUGGACAGGGGGAGUUUGUGGUGCAUGCAGCGAUGACCCCACUAAAGGAGGACAAUCCUGGUGGCCUGAUGAAUGAGGAUGACAAAGACUACAUCCUAGAUCACGCAGAACAUCUGAACCGCAUGGUUCCUGGAGGACUGUCUGUGAUGGGCAUGUUUGUGGUCUCCCCGUCCCAUCAGACCAAAGAGAGCCAUAUGAAAAUGAGGCGGACUAUGGUUGCUGUGGAAAAUCGUGUAUCCGAGGACAGGCUUUGGGGUUUCUCAGAGGAGGACACCAAUGACAGAGUGAUGCUUCAUAUCUGCUCCAACACCAACAAAGUGACUUGCUGGAUUAUGAACAUUAAAGAACCUAGUAAAUCUUCUAAAUCUGCAACAUGGAGUUACCUGCAGUGGAUGACAGCAUUCUGGCCUGUUGCUGUCUGCCCCAUGGACAUCGACCUGAUGUUCCCUAUCAAGGACAAGACCCGCCACGGUCUGAUGCAGGCCAUGAAGAGGAACAAUUCACAAAGAAUAAAGAUUCAAGGUCAGAUCUUCAUCCCAACGGCAGGGGGCAAGCUGGGGGAGAGGCCGUCCACUGCGUCAGUGCAGGUAUGCAGCUGUAUCCUGAGACUGAAGGGGGAGUCUGGGGUGCAGAGCUACAUCAAGAGGGACAUCAUCAGGAGGGUCUACAGCAGUGCCAAAAACUUCUUUGAACAUCUGAUAAAUGAUGAAAACUCAGCGAAGGCAUUCAUGGGCUCCCAGCCCUUGGCUAAGCGGGUGUUCUUCCUGGUUCCCGACACUGGCAUCUCUCUGUGUGACUACAUACUCUCCUCUGAGACGGAGGCAGCUGUCCAGGAGAGGGUGAGGGAGUGGGCAGGCUUCACCAUCCCUGAUGGGCAGCUCCAUAUCACCCAGCAGCUGGUACAGGGCAGGUUGGAGUGGCACCAAGAUUCAGAGGAAGGCAUGGACAGCACCUGGGUCCCGGUGUACAAGAUCCAGCAGAGGCGCAAAAUCACCAUGGGUGUGGCAGUGGCUUCAGGAGUCUCCCUGGUGGCCUGUAUCGUCUAUAGGCUCUUCCUAGAAGAGUGACGAUGUGGCCCACGGAGUCAAGCGGUUCAAUCCCAGGAUCUGGCAUGCAAAGGGCAUCAGAACAUCCCUGGGAUUCCCAUAAAUUAAAGGGGCCUGUGCAAUGACAUGGAAGUUAAGAUGUGUUUUUUCCAUUUCUAUUAACACAUUCCAGUAACAGAUGACAGUGUGUCUAGGAAUACACUUCCUGGGUUCAUUGUUAGAGGGGCCCAUUCAUAUUUGCGGCGUGAGACAGCAAAGUCACAUGGAAGGAGAAAUUUAUUUUCACGUGAGAUCAGAGCCACCAGCUGCUAUAGUUUUACACUCUAAAGGGAGCAUCAUGCCCCAGACCGGGUCCUCAGCCCUCUGUAAUGCCUCAUGAUGUGACGUCUUAGUGGGGUUUUGUGUGGGUCGACUAGAGUGUUGCAGCUGGUGCCAUGAAUCAAAGCUCACAGCGCAAACUGAGAAACAACCUACCCAAUAAACAGAGAGAGAGAGGGAUGGGGGCGCUUAUUAUAACUCCUGUAGGUAAAUAUUUGUGUUAGCUAAUCUCAUUCUCGGAAGUCUCGGGUAAUCAACAGCGCCUCUUCAAACUCAGGAGGCUGAAGAAAUUUGGCUUGUUAACUAAAACUCUCACAAA